UGCGAGUUAGCGGAUAAGAGCAUCAAACAAGUUUUCAUCAAUUUCCGCCUCGACAAUCCCCUUCUCUAUAACUGGACCAAAUGUCAUAUACCCGAACCAAGCAGUAUGAAAGAAGAACAUACAAUGAAAUAUAGAGAUGCCAAAGAAGAACAAAGGCGGAAAGUUAAGGACCAGAGGAAAGCGAAGAGAGAGUCCAAGAAAAUUGUUUACUAA